AAGGAUCCACGGACCCAGAGACAAACAAUUUGUUGAUUUUAAAUAAAGAACUACGUCAAUCCCAUGACCAUUUGAAUUCAAAAAUGUCCGAAUUUGAGAAAAAGACUAAUUCACUAAAAAAUAAAAUUAAAUCUCUGGAAGUCGAUCUUGUCCGACUCAGCGAAAAUGAUCAUGCUUUGACCAAAAAUUUAGAAAUUCAAAUCGAGAAACUGGAAUUUGAAAAGGAUAAAUUACAAGGGACGAAUGAAAUUAUUCUCGAAGAACGUGAAGUUCUGGAUAAACGAAUAGCAUUUUUAAGAGAGCAAUUACGAAUGGAUGGAUCUGACGAAACAAAGAUAACUACACAGAUAAUUCAAUUAAAGGAAUUCGUUAGCAAUCUUAACAAACAAGUUUCUGAUAUCAAGCAAAAAUCAGCUGAUAACUCCAAAUCUAUGGAACAAGAAAUCUGCCGAUUAUUAGACAUUAAUGCCCAGCUCGAAAGAGAAACAAAUCAAAUUGACGGAUCAAGUCCUCACAACAACUCAAUAAGAAACACAAUUAUAAAGCAUGAUUAUACCAUUGCAGAACAGAAUGAUCUUAUAAAAUCUUUGCAAGAAAAAGUAAAUCAACUCCAAGAUAAUAAUAUUCAAGAAAAUUUUUCAAUAAAAUCCGCAUCAUCAAAAAAGAAAGGCAUUCACACAAAAUUAAUAACUACUGGAUAUACAAGACAAUCUGCCGAUAAUUCUCCUACAACACCAAGUCCAACUAUACCGCCACCAAGAACACCAACUACUCCGAGAAAUAUACCAAAUUCCAACUCUGAUCUUUCUGCUGAAUUCCAAAAGCUUCUCAAAAAAGCAUCAGUUAUUGAAAAUGAAACUUCGGAAAGUAGAAAACAUGUAGAAUCGUUAGAAUCAAAUGUAGCUGAUAAGGAAGCAAACCUUGCAAUAGCUAAAGAUCAGCUUUCAAUCCUUCAAAAAGAAAAACAAGAUUAUAUGGAGUUAAUUAAGAGUUUGAAUAAACAACUGAAUGAAGCUCAAUCGCAAAUUGAAAACGCGAAGUAUAGUGUUCAAGAAGAACAUAAAGUUAUGGAAAAUAUUUUGGACGAAGAGAGAAAGGCUAAAGUUAAAGCCGAGAAAGCAAGACAGGCACUUGAAACUCAAAUGGAACAAAUUAUGAAUAAGAAAAGAAGGUUUAUGUGUUUUUAA